GGAAGAAUCGAGGAUGCGUGUUUGCCAUAUGUGCAUUGAUCUCUUAGCGAUGUCGAUUGAACUCAAAGGAGGACGGACACAGCUGAAGAGGACGGAAGGAAAGCCAGAGUACGUCUUCUAUGAUGGACCACCGUUUGCCACAGGUCUGCCACAUUAUGGUCACAUUCUCGCGGGGACCAUCAAGGACAUCGUUACAAGGUACCAGACUACGACGGGGCAUCACGUGACGAGGCGGUUUGGUUGGGACUGCCAUGGUCUACCCGUUGAGUAUGAGAUUGACCAGAAGCUUAACAUCAAGACCAGGGAUGAUGUCCUUCAGAUGGGAAUUGACAAGUACAAUGAAGAAUGUCGGAGCAUCGUCAUGCGAUACUCUAAGGAAUGGGAGACUAUCAUCACCCGGAUGGGCCGAUGGAUCGACUUCAAGAACGACUAUAAGACUCUGGACCCCUCUUUCAUGGAGAGCAUUUGGUGGGUGUUCAAGCAGCUGUACGAGAAGGGCCUUGUUUACAGGGGUUUCAAGGUUAUGCCGUACAGUACGGGGUGUAACACAGCACUGUCGAACUUUGAGGCAGGGUUGAAUUAUAAGGACGUUUCAGAUCCAGCAAUUGUGGUGAGCUUCCCUGUAGUGGGGGAUGCGGAUGGUGCAGCUCUGCUGGCAUGGACAACUACGCCGUGGACUCUUCCGAGCAAUCUUGCUCUUUGUGUCAAUGCGAACUUCACAUAUCUCAAGGUCAAAGAGAAGCAUACCGGUGCAGUAUACAUCAUUGCGGAAUCACGAGUCUCACAACUUCCAGCAAGAAAGAAGCUGAAGUCCGGUACUGGAACAGAGAAUGGACCUGCGUCUACUGGAUUGGGACCCCAUGAACCAUCGGCCAAUGGCAAGAAGAGUGGAAAGAAAGGGUCCGCGGCUGGGAAGAAAGCUGGUGCAGCCGGGGGCAAGAAUGCUGCAGAACAGAAUGCCACUGGUGGAACAUCAGGGCUAGACUCUGAGGCGUAUGAUCUGCUUGGGAAGAUAAAAGGCAGCGAUCUUGUGGGCAAGAGGUAUCUGCCAAUUUUUGAUUACUUUGCUGAGCUGUCCGAAGCCGCAUUCCGGGUUCUUGCUGACAAUUAUGUAACAGACGACAGUGGUACCGGGAUUGUGCAUCAAGCACCUGCCUUUGGAGAGGAUGAUCACCGUGUCUGUUUGCGCGAGAAUGUCAUCCAAAAGGGGGAAGAUCUGCCAAACCCAGUGGACUUAAAUGGUCGCUUCACAGAGAAGGUGAAGGAUUUUGCUGGGAAGUAUGUGAAGGAUGCGGACAAGGAGAUUAUCGCUCACUUGAAGGCGAAGCAGCGGCUUGUCAGCUCGGGGAGUGUUGUUCAUCCUUACCCUUUCUGCUGGCGAUCGGAGACUCCACUGAUCUACAAGGCAGUCCCUAGCUGGUAUGAGAAGCGGUUUCAUAACUGGCUUGAGAACGCACGUGAUUGGGCAAUCAGCCGCAGUCGUUUCUGGGGAACACCGUUGCCGAUCUGGAUGAGUGAAGAUGGCAAGGAAAUUGUAGCUGUUGGGUCAGUGGAGGAGCUUGAGCGCCUGUCUGGUUUCAGAGCAACUGAUCUCCACCGCCACAAGAUCGACCAUGUGACGAUUCCUUCUUCCAGGGGUCCAGAGUUCGGUGUGCUGAGAAGGGUUGAGGAGGUGUUUGAUUGCUGGUUUGAGAGUGGCUCUAUGCCUUAUGGGUACAUUCAUUAUCCUUUUGAGAACCGGGAGCUCUUUGAAAAUAACUUUCCAGGUGAUUUUGUUGCAGAAGGUCUUGAUCAGACCCGCGGAUGGUUCUACACUCUCAUGGUUUUGUCUACUGCGUUAUUCGAUAAACCAGCAUUCAAGAAUCUGAUAUGCAAUGGCUUGGUGUUGGCAGAAGACGGCAAGAAGAUGAGCAAGAGGUUAAAGAAUUAUCCUCCACCUACAGAUGUAGUAAAUGAAUUUGGAGCGGAUGCACUGAGGUUGUACCUAAUCAACUCGCCCGUAGUUAGGGCAGAGACUCUGCGGUUCAAGAAGGAUGGUGUUUUUGCAGUGGUGAAAGAUGUUUUUCUUCCUUGGUACAAUGCCUACCGGUUUCUUGUUCAGAAUGCACUGCGGCUGCAAGCUGAAGGGUCGAGCCCUUUCAAGCCGUUUGAGAUGUCUGUGGUACAGACAUCUGUAAAUGUUCUUGACCGUUGGAUCAAUUCUUCAAGUCAGUCACUUGUACAGUUUGUUCGUGCGGAGAUGGAGGCUUACCGGCUUUUCACCGUUGUCCCAUUCCUUCUGGACUUCAUCGAGAAGCUGACAAACAUCUAUGUCAGACUGAACCGCAAGAGACUCAAGGGACGGACAGGCGAAGACGACUGCCGCAUGGCUCUCUCAGCAUUGUACCAUGUUUUGCUAACUUUGUGCAAGACAAUGGCGCCGUUCACACCAUUCUUCACGGAGUGCAUGUACCAGAACUUGAGCCGAGUCUUGGCCGAUGGUGCAGAAGAGAGCGUGCACUACUGCUCUUUCCCAGAGCCACAGAAACCAGCAGACCCACGCAUUGAACGAAGUGUACGGCGCAUGCAGACUGUGGUGGACCUUGCACGCACCAUUCGUGAGCGUCACAACCGGCCGUUGAAGACCCCCCUAAACACGUUGUUCAGUAACUACUGUGAAGGCGCCUGUGGAACCGGGGGGCAAUUUGGCCUGCCUUGGAGCGACCAGUAUGUGUUAGAAGAAAUGAAUGUUCGGUCGAUCGUCCCAUGUUCCGAUCUUCUCAAGUAUGCAAACUUGCGCGCGCAGCCAGAAUACAGUAUAUUGGGGGAAAGGUUGGGCAGGUCCAUGGGAGAGGUUGCCAAGCGAGUGAAGUCGAUGAGCCUAGCUGAAAUUUUGGAGUAUGAGAAGACAGGAUUUUUUGAUGCUGCAGGGCAUCGGCUUGGUGCAGGAGACAUCAAGGUCAUCAGGGAUUUCAAGCUGCCAGCAGACAUUGCAGUAGGAGAGCUUGAUGCAGCUAGCGAUGGCGAUGCACUUGUUGUACUCGACUUGAGGUCUGAUGGUAGUUUGGCAGAUGCUGGGACUGCUAGAGAGAUUGUGAAUAGGAUACAGAAGCUCAGAAAAAAGGCCGGACUUGAACCAUCAGACGUGGUGGAGGUUUUCUACGAGAUCUUAGAUGCAUCCGAGGACUCAGACCCCACAGCAUUGAAGAGAGUGGUUGUCAGCCAGGAGGAAUAUAUUGCAGACGCAUUGGGGUCACCUUUCAUGCCAUUCACUGUCUGUCCUGCUGAUGAGGUUAUCAUUGCAGAUCAAUUGUUCAAGGGAGUUGCUGGUGGAUCUUUCAAAAUCAUUCUAACAAGGCCUUCCCCUGCGUUUGACGAUAAGGCGAUGCUGAAGGCUUGUGGAGGAAAUGCGGAGCAUGCGAUCAGACUGCAGACAUGGAUUUUGUCGAGGGAUCUGACAACGCUGAGAGUAGAGUUGUCAAACAACAAGGGAAAGGUACAUGUGAACAUCGAUGGGCAGCCGCCCUACGACGUGAAGGUGGACCGGGAGUUUUUCUUGUCUACGGGAGACAAGUACAGAGCAACCAAGAUCUGAUCUCUCUGCCUCUCUGCCCACCUGCCUCUCUCUCUCUCUCUCUCUCUCUCUCUCUCUCUCUCUCUCUCUCUCUCUCUCUCUCUCUCUCC